AUGGAAAGGGUCAACAACACACUGUUGACUGCGUUCAUCUUGACUGGAAUCCCCUACCCACUCAGGCUGAGGACGUUCCUUUUUCUAUUCUUCUUGCUAAUCUACAGCCUGACUCAGCUGGGGAACCUGCUUAUUCUAAUGACUGUCUGGGCAGACCCGCAACUCUAUGCCCGCCCCACGUACAUCUUUCUUGGUGUUCCCUCCAUCAUUGACAUGGGCAUGUCCUCCAUCAUUGUCCCCCGCCUCAUGAUGAACUUCACUUUAGGCAUCAAACCCAUCCCAUUUGGUGGCUGUGCUGCUCAGCUUUACUUCUAUCACUUUCUGGGCAGCACCCAGUGCUUCCUCUACACCCUGAUGGCCUACGACAGGUACCUGGCAAUAUGUCAGGCCCUGAGCUACCCCGUGCUCAUGAGUGCUAAACUGAGUACCUUGCUCGUGGCUGGAGCUUGGGUGGCAGGAUCCAUCCACGGGGCUCUCCAGGCCAUCCCAACCUUCUGCCUGCCCUACUGUGGGCCCAAUCAGGUAGAUUACUUCUUCUGUGACGUCCCUGCGGUUUUGAGGCUGGCCUGUGCUGAUGCAGCAGUCAACGAGCUAGUGACCUUUGUGGACAUUGUGGUGGUUGCCAGUUGCUUCUCGCUGGUCCUCCUCUCCUACAUACAGAUCAUUCAGGCCAUUCUGAGAAUUCAUACAGCUGAUGGGCAGCGCCGGGCCUUCUCAAUGUGUGGAGCCCAUAUAACCGUGGUCACCGUAUACUAUGUGCCCUGCACAUUCAUCUACCUGAGGCCCGAAACCAACAGACUCCUGGGCAGGGAAGCUGCCCUGUUCCCCACAGCCAUCACUCCUUUCCUCAACCCCCUUAGCUACACUCUGCGGAACCAAGAGGUGAAGCUGGCUCUGAAAAGAAUGAUAGGAGGUGGAAUAAGUAAAAGUGAGGUUUGA